UAUGCGGUCCGGUAAUAUUAAAUCCCUACCGAGAUAUAAAUAUAUUCACCGCAUAUUCAGGCGAGCAACGAAUACAUUUUGCAAUUACAAGUUCACUGAUAAGAAAAUAAAAUCGGAGAGUUCAUUUAUUCCCUGCUGCAAUGCUGAAAGUCAAAUGGAAUCACGAGGCCGCGGUUGGGUGCUAGAAAAAGACAAUUUUUUUCUCUAACCUAAAGGAUGAAAAAAAUCACUAGCAAACAUUGACCCGUGACAGGAUGAAAAGUGUGUAUGUUGAUUCAUUGGCCGUUGUUUGUCUAGAUUUAUGAGAAUCUUUAACUAAAACUACUAAUAAACGCAAAUUACGAUUGAAAAGAUGUUCAUUUAACUGCCCGUCAGUUGAUUUAUAAUUGAAAACAAUAUGAGUAGUUUAGCCAGGCACGUGGAGACCAAAUGAAGAUGAUGGGGGUUUGUCUUCAAAUAUUUUACCUCGGUCAUCGGUAAUUCGGAGCAUCUCACACUCACAGCACUAUAGGACCCCAGCAGAGAUGGAGGAGGUGUUACCUACACUGAAGGUGUCCUCUGCUGCAAAUGUUAAGUUGGGUGCAGAUCAGAAGUUAUGUCUUUUGACAGAAGACUGCAGGCAGAUGCAGUCUUUACUGCCAACUUGUAUCUCUGGAGCUGUGAAGACUGAGCCUUGUGAUGAGCUGCAGUCAAUCUCGGGGCUCUCAGCUGACUUCCUUGAAGUGGAGAAAGAGGAACCUUUCUUCAUGGAAGAAGACAUCUCAACUUCAACUGACGCUGAAAACUUGGGGCUUUCUUUCCUAGGAUUUGAAACUGUCAAGAGCGAGCCUGUCGAGGCAGCUGUCAAGACAGAGCCUCUGGAAGCUGUUGUCACAUCUCCAUAUUUCGUCCAAGGCUUCUUUGCUCACAAAGAACUCGCAGCCACAGCAGAUAUCUUCACUCCAUUUAAUGUGCUUUCAUUUAAAGAGGAAAGUUUUACGCUUGCAGACGAUCAAAGCCACGAAUUUACUUUCCUAGGCUUUGAUUCUCUCACCGCAGAGCCUGUCGAAGCUGCUAUGGUAUCUCCAUCCAUCUCCCUGACUCCCACUGCAGACGAAGAACCCGCAACAACAGCAGACGUUUUUCCCCCGUGUCAAGCAGCGCCUUUUUCUGCCUGCUUAGCCUCUUCUUCUAAGAAGCCGCACAAUUCUAGUGGCUCAAAGAUUGCUCCACUUUCAGAAAGUUCCAAUUUACAACGCAAAAGUAAACCAAAAGAAAUUCGAAUUUUAUCCCCUGAACAGGAAGCCCGUGAAUUUCGCUCUUCAGAUAAUGAGCGUGGUAUUCCUUUUAAAUCCGCUGCUUCGUUAAAUUAUGCUGACUGCAAAGGGACAAAACCCGUUGGAGGAGGGCGGAAGGCUUCAUGUAAAACAAGUGAUCUUUCUAAAUAUGUGGACGUCAAACACGCAAAGUAUUUUGACUUGAAAUUCAAGGAAUGCCGUGUAUUAUUGAAUCGUAUUAAUGUUCCACAAAAUACUGUCCUUAUAAAGGAUGUAGAAACUGAUGAAAAUAUUCGUUCCGAAGUGCGUGGCAGAAAUCCAAGUGGGACACAAAACUUGUGUGAAGAAAAUGAGUUAAGCUCUUCUAAUAUCUCUGAUACAAAGCCUAACAUUCGAAAUUUGUCUAAGCUCCCAAAUGAUUCAUCAAGAGAUUUAAUUUCUUCCACGAGUUCCCGCGGUCGUCGUAAGAAAGAUAAGAAUAUUAAGUGUCAUAUCUGUGGCUUUGCUUUCCGCCAUAAAUGGGAUUUUGACCAACAUUUCAAAGCUGUUCAUCUCAAAUUGAAGCCCUACAAGUGCUCCUUGUGUGAUUUUGCAUGCAGCCUCAUUGCAGGUCUACGACAUCACUUAAAUACAGUGCAUGAAAAGAUUAGGCGUUUCAAGUGCACAAUUUGCGACAAUAAUUUCAGCACGAAGGCGUACCUGCAACACCACGUCGCUUCUUCUCAUCUCAACUUCAAACCUUAUAAGUGUCCACACUGUGAAUACUCAGGCAGCCGGAGGGACACACUCAGACGACAUAUUUCUGGCGUACAUCUCCUGCUCAAGCCUUACAAGUGUAACUUGUGCGAGUAUUCCGGUAGUACUAAGCGCUUAUUAGAUAACCAUAUCGCCGGCACUCAUUUAGAAGCAAAACCUUACCAGUGUCCAGACUGCGACUAUGCUGCUGCUGCCACGGACAUACUCAAGAGACAUACUCAAGCUGUGCAUUUAAAGUUGAAGCCACAUAAAUGCGAUCUUUGUGACUAUGCUUCUACUACUAAAGGAUCUCUUGCCGUUCACAUUGCUCGAGUGCAUCAGAAACUGAGGCGUUACAAGUGUCAAGAAUGUGAUUAUUCUGCUGCCAUAAAAUGUAAGUUAACGCAACAUGUAAAAGCCGUGCACUUGAAACUAAAGCCUUUUAAAUGUCACGAAUGUUCCAGUUAUUUCUCUUUGAAAACUAAUCUUCAAGCUCACAUCUCCAGAGUACAUCUCCGCAGCAGACCACACGUGUGCCCACAUUGUCCACAUUCUGUGUGGUGCAAGGCCGCACUGGCCACACAUAUUGCACGCGUUCACCAUAAACUGAAACCUUUCAAGUGCCUCCAAUGUACCUUUUCCACCUUUUCUAAAACUGGUCUAGAUUCCCACGUUAAUAUGGUUCAUUUAAAAUUACGACCUAACAAAUGUCCCAUCUGCAACCGUGGGUUCUACCACAAAAAAGAUCUUGAUUGUCACGUAAAAUCGGUGCACAUUAACUCGAGGGAACAUAAAUGUUCCGAAUGUAAAUUUUCAGCGAAUAGCAUGAAAAAUCUAAAGUAUCACAUGAAUGCUGUUCAUCUCAAGCUUAAGAAGUUCACAUGUUUGCACUGUGAUUUUAGUACAUGUCAUCGUGGGUACCUCAAGAAGCACGUUGAUGUGGUGCACUUGAAUAUAAAGAAAUAUGACUGCGGCCAAUGUCAGUACCGCUUUGCUUGGAAGUCUGAUCUAAUGCGCCAUGUCGCCGCAAAACAUUAAAACAAAACAUUUUUAACUUUGUUGUAUCAGAAACAUUGUGUUGUAUCAGAAACAUUGUAUCAGAAAAAUUGAUGUCACCGAGUUUUCUUCUAAACAAUGAUUUAUGUUGCCUUUUUUUGCAGGAGUUAUUUGCUGUCACUUUUCUUCGUUAUAAUUCCUGUGUUUAAUUGUAAUGUAUUUAACAUUACCAAGUUUUUUUUGGUUAAUGACAUUUCUUGUGUUUCCUGUUAGAGAGAUAACAACUUCAAUUUGUUGUUUGCUGAAUUUUUUUUUUGCUUAGGUAUAUUGGUGAGAUAUUAUCAAUACUUAUGAAAUUUAAGUUAAAAAUAUACCUAUAAGACUCGCCAACCCUCAAUGUUCUAAUAUAUAAAGGCUUUCUAAUUGAAGUCUAAACAUGCUUUGUUCGUGUCGCUAUGUCGCAGGUCCGACACGAAUUUGAUCUCAAGCCAAUAAAUAUUUUGGCUGAU